AUGGACACCCAUUCUCUCCCUCCUCCUUUCCAUACAAGAGAUUUCCACCUGCAGCAUCAUCCCCAGUUCCACCACCAGCAGCAGCAGAAUUCGGAAGACGAGCAAACCGGCAGCAGCGGCCUCAACAACAAGGGCCAGAAAAGAGAGCGAGAUAUCGACAAUGACAGCGGCGGCAAUGGCGGCGAUUUAGGCAAAGAACUCAAUGUCACCAUCUCCGGUGGUGAUGGAUCAGAAAUGACCCGAAGACCCCGCGGAAGACCAGCCGGAUCCAAGAACAAGCCCAAGCCCCCCAUCAUCAUCACCCGCGACAGCGCCAAUGCGCUCCGCACCCACGUCAUGGAGAUUGCCGACGGCUGCGACAUAGUGGAGAGUGUUGCCACCUUUGCUCGCAGGCGCCAGAGAGGCGUCUGCAUUAUGAGCGGGACGGGCACCGUCACGAAUGUGACAAUCAGACAGCCCGCCUCUCCCGGGUCCAUCGUGACUUUACAUGGCCGAUUCGAGAUCUUGUCACUGGCCGGGUCUUUUCUACCACCGCCAGCCCCGCCUGCCGCGACGGGGUUGACCAUAUAUCUGGCAGGCGGGGGCGGGCAAGUUGUAGGUGGAAGCGUUGUUGGGACGCUAAUUGCGUCCGGGCCUGUUGUGAUCAUGGCGGCUUCGUUUAGCAACGCGGCGUAUGAGCGGCUUCCUCUGGAGGAAGACGAGGGUCAGCUGCCAAUGCAAGGCGGCGGCGGAGGUAGCCUUGGCUCUCCAAGCGGAGUUGGUCAUCAGCAACAGCAGCAGCAUCAACAGCAACAACAACAGCAACAACUUUUGGCUGAAGCUGCAAAUACAAAUGCGCCACUUUUUCAUGGUUUACCUCCCAAUCUCCUGAAUUCCAUGCAAUUGCCAGCUGAGGCGGCCUACUGGGCUACCGGCCGCCCACCAUACUAA